CAAGAGAUGAGACUUUCUCCUGCCAGUCCUCUCUUCCUCUGCUCUCCAUGGUGGGCAGGAUGAGAAGCAAGCACUGGGUCCACAGCAAGGAACGAAUAGUAUGAGCAAGUUUUUCGCCCCAAACGAAACGUGUAUCGAGUUUUUCCAUGAGCCUUGGCCACACCGGAGUCAGUAGGUUGGCGUGAGUCGUAUGGAGAAGAAGAGCUUAAGUUUUCCACUGCAGAGUGAGACGCCUUGUCCUGAACACCGUUUCUCAGAUUCCGGCGCAGCACCUCACCCCACACUUUUCCAAUUUAUUCACUUUGUUGAACCAAUAUUGUACUUACCAUUCAACAAUGCACAUAAAGGGAAGGAUGUGGUGGGUCGUCGUCUCGAGUGAGUGAGCGGAAACUACAAGAAACUUGCUUGCUUAUUCCACAAUCCAUCACAAAACUCUCGUGUUUGAGGAAUAUGUACAUAAAUUGAAACCAAUAAUUCAUACUCUUCUGCACUCUUUUUUAGUCCUACGAACGAAAUAUUCUGCAUAAUUAUAAGCUUCGAGUGAAGGCAACACAAUACGUUUUUGAUUUAUUUUCUACUCGGUAUUGUUCAGUCAAAAUUUGCACGAAGCGAGAGAAGUGAAAGUGAGAAUACUAAAUAAGAAAGCCAAUGAGCCGGCCACCAGACUGAUAUAGAUUUCCGCUGGGCAAAGAUAUACGCAUUGGUGCUGAUGAUACAUUUGUGUGUGACAUUUGGCUGAGGUUGGAACUCCCGAAAAGGGAAAGGUUUUGACACAUUUCGAGACUAUUUUUCAUAGGUUGUUGUCGGAGGCAGGCUGAGAUUUUAUGUCAAGUCUGCAGCACCAAGUAAUAACACUGCUCGCCUGUCCUAAAUAUGUGACUUGUAUGAAUAUUACUCCACCAGCGUAUUAUUCUCUUCUGCCCACUCGCUUUUACAUUCCAGCCACACAUCUCAACUAAUUUGACGUGAGACUCUGACUUUCAGGAGGUGCAUUACGUAGAAAAAUCUGAAUUUGUGCCCUUAUUUUUCAAGCUAACCAUUGUUUGGAAUAACUAAAACACUUGCUGGAUAAAUAAGUAGCGCAGAGUGAAAGUGUGGACGGAGAAUAAUUUUUUCUGAAAGAUUAGUGUUGUCAGUGUGAUAAACUCUGUAAUAACACAAAUUCGUCCCUCCAUCCAACAUGGCGAGAAGUCUUCCCAAGCCACACAUCGUGUAUCUCACCCGACAUGGUGAAAGCUUAGGAAAUGUGCAGAAAUGUUUCCUGGACUCGAGAGAAGAUGAUUUGACAAAGACAGGCGAACUCCAGGUGGAACUUUUGGCCAAGUACUUGGGAGCAAAAGAGAACAUCACACGUGUGUACAGCAGCGACUACUUGAGAGCACUCCGAACUGCCGAGGCCAUUGUGAAAGGUUCCAAAAACUUGACGAAGCUGCAAAUAAAGACGGAUGUCCGACUCAGAGAAAGGGCGGUCGGGGUGUUCCAAGGGAAAAAAUAUCAAGACGCAAUUACGGCUUUGUUGAAAAGUGGAGGCGACUUAAUGGGGUUUACACCGCAGGGGGCAGAGAAAAUGAAGGAUGUUGGCUGUCGAAUGAGCAAUUUUUUUAAGGAACUGUGCACGGAGCUGGACAAUGGUGACGAGGAGCAAGAAGUGGUCGUGGUGGUGUCUCACUCCUUCGCCCUCAUCAAACUUAUCGACACGUUGAUCAAGUCGAAAUCAUAUCGUGUCGUCCACUGGGAUCACUCGAAGGGGUACAAACUCAUCCGAAACGGCUCCUUUAUCAAGCUCUCCCUCGGCCUAUUGAAGGACAAUUGUGAAGAUCUGAGCACGCUGCCUGGCCAGCGGAGAAUCGAAUUUCUCAACCUUCAUGAAACGGAGCAUCUCCAGGGAUUGGUUGAAAAUGACACUUUGGUGAAGUUUACUCAGUGCACGGACGAAGGGAAGGCUUUCUCUGGGUGCAUUCAGUCCUGAAGAAGACUUGUAUUCUCCCUCAAAAACCAGCUGAUUUGUAAAAGGAAGUCGGAUUGAAGAAUCUCUGGAAUCAAGAUGAACUGGCAUGUCCUCUUUACAUUUCGAGCUAUGUCAGGGUAAUCAGAAAUCGAUUUACCAUCCGCACUCUCCUCCUCUGCACAUAUUUCUACAGAUAACACACGAAAUCAAGUUAGGAUAAUCAAAUCGGGACAAAUUUUUCCUCCAUAUGUUGUCGAAUAGAUAUUUUAUUUUAUUUCAUUCACAUUGCCAGUCCUAGCUUUUAAGGAUGAAAUGCAAGUUAGCUUCUUCCAGGAUAUGAAAGAGCGUCCCAUCCGAAAAGUGAGGACUGCAUGCAUAAGCUGCAGGGUUCACAUGAGUACAAUGUGAUUGAUUCCGAAACUGAAUUUAUUUUGUUCAUGGCCGCGCAGGCUAUUUGGAUAUUGUGUUUCUUCUGCAAGUUAAAAAAAUCCUUCCUUCCUUCCUCGGUGGAAAACAACCUUGGCGUGGAUGUACAUAUGUACAUACAUGUUUCAAAACUUGUAAUUCAAUUCCUCAGCCAGCAUGUACGUAUGUAUGUACAUACGUACAAAGUCGACUUAUCUUACAACUUCAUUGUAUUAGACUUGCAAAUUUUUUACACAGUUGUGGAGUUGUUCUCAAGGUUUGAACCCAAUUGUGGUGGUGAUACUCUUGAGAGUUAUUUGUACUCGUAAACAUGUAUGGACGUGUGUGUGUGAAUUGUUCUAUUUGUUGUGAGGCUUUUUAUGUUUCAGUUUAAGGGUCUCUCAUUUUGACAGAGGAUCAAUUGCUAUGCAUUAGUGCGUGUGUAGCAGUUUGCUAAAGUGGUUUCCAGUGAAAUUGAGAAGUUGGAAUGCUUUAAGCUUCCAGAACGAACGAGCCGGGCACUUUUCACUCGUCCUUGUGUUGGAAUUCUUUUACAAGUAAUAUGCUUCAUCGGUUUAAGGGAUCUGGAUAAAUUUAAUAUGUUAUGCAUACACGUAGGUUAUUGUCUUAUUAUUUGAUAAGUAAGUAGUGUAAAUAUAAAUGUGGGACGCACUGUUGCACAUAAAUCCCAGCUCCGGUACCCUUCUGCAUAUCUUCUCGACCCUAAUUACGUUCUCAUUACUUUCCUCCCUCCACCUGGAAAGCAGGGAGGCGAGUAAUCAAAUUAAUUUUGGAGAGAACCUCAUUUUCCACGCUUCGCCACUAUUUUUGGCAUCCCUGAUUUUGGUGGAUUUAAUUACUGACAUUCAUCCGGUGCAUGAAGGGUGAGAGAGAGACGUGUAUCUAUUUGUGAUGAAAUGAACAAACCUUCAUUUGGUGAGGUAAUUUUGAAUACUAUAACAUUAGGGGAACAAACGAGCAUUUAUGAAUCAGGUCGGUUUGUGGGGAUGCUAAAACAAGCGUCAUAAAAGUCAACAGCAUAAAGUAUGUAACCAACCACAAGCUCUACGCAAAUAAUAAAAUUCCGUGAUUAAAAUUAAUGAUGUACAUAUUUCGACAGGGCCUAAAUUUAAUUAGUUGUAUCGAAUAAUCUACACAUGUCAAAUUGUAUCCUACAAUAUGUACAUACAUAAAAAUAUUACCAUCUAUGAGUCCGAAUAAAAUUACCAUUUUCCUAG